AUGUUCCGCACCGCCGCCCUCACUGCCGCCCGCGUGGCCCGUCCCGCCGUCGCCUCCGCCGUCCGCGCUGGCGUCGCUCGUCCCACUGCCUUUGUCGCCGCCGUCCCCAAGGUCGCUGCCUUCCAGGCCAUCAGGUUUUACAGCGCUGGUGGGCACCUCAAGAAGGAUGAGGUCUUUAGCAGGAUUGCGCAGGUGUUGAGUGGAUUUGACAAGGUCAACGACCCCAAGAACAUCACCGAGACCGCCCACUUCGCCAACGACCUCGGUCUUGACAGCUUGGACACCGUCGAGGUUGUUAUGGCUAUUGAGGAGGAGUUCUCCAUCGAGAUCCCCGACAAGGAUGCCGACCAGAUCCACUCCGUCGACAAGGCCGUCGAGUACAUCCUCAGCCAGCCCGAUGCCAACUAA